AUGGCCACCACCGGGGCCCUGGGCAACUACUACGUGGACUCGUUCUUGCUGGGCGCCGACACCGCGGACGAGCUGGGCGCGGGCCGCUAUGCGCCGGGGGCCCUGGGUCAGCCCCCGCGGCAGGCUGCGGCGCUGGCCGAGCACCCCGACUUCAGCCCGUGCAGCUUCCAGUCCAAGGCGGCGGUGUUCGGCGCCUCGUGGAACCCGGUGCACGCGGCGGGCGCCAACGCGGUGCCCGCGGCGGUGUAUCAUCACCAUCACCACCACCCCUACGUGCACCCCCAGGCGCCGGUGGCUGCGGCGGCGCCGGACGGCAGGUACAUGCGCUCCUGGCUGGAGCCCACGCCCGGUGCGCUCUCCUUCGCGGGCUUGCCCUCCAGCCGGCCUUACGGCAUUAAACCUGAACCGCUGUCGGCCAGAAGGGGUGACUGUCCCACGCUUGACACUCACACUCUGUCCCUGACUGACUAUGCUUGUGGUUCUCCUCCAGUUGAUAGAGAAAAACAGCCCAGCGAAGGUGCCUUCUCCGAAAACAAUGCUGAGAAUGAGAGCAGCGGAGACAAGCCCCCCAUCGAUCCCAACAACCCGGCUGCCAACUGGCUCCACGCGCGCUCCACGCGGAAGAAGCGCUGCCCUUACACCAAACACCAAACGCUGGAACUGGAGAAAGAGUUUCUGUUCAACAUGUACCUCACCAGGGACCGCAGGUACGAGGUGGCCCGACUGCUCAACCUCACCGAGAGGCAGGUCAAGAUCUGGUUUCAGAACCGCAGGAUGAAAAUGAAGAAAAUCAACAAGGAUCGAGCGAAAGACGAGUGACGAGACUCGACUUCGUUUAGAACACAGCCAGAGAGCUAGAGAGAAAGAGAACGGACUGCCUGUCCCCUUCUCCCACCCCCAUUCCACCCCAGCCUCCACCACCCCGCACAAAGGGGGUUCCAGGCCUCAUCUCCCCCUGGCAGACCCUGCUCAGGCUGGCUCCUUGGCCUGCCGUUUUGAUG